AUGCCCUCGCAGAAGAAACCAAGCAUCCAAGGCCACGGGAGCGGCACGGCAAAUGACACUCUGAGCACUGCGCCCCUCUUCUUCCACCACGAGGACCGGAAAUACGGCGAGUUCAGUCAGUGGUACAGCUCCAGCUUCGUCGUUAGCAAGCUGCAAAUCUCCGCCCUCGUCGGGCAGCCUGUGAGCUCCUUCUCCUCCCCCGGCGACUACAGCGAUGACAUUCCUUUCGUUACGGCGGAGCAGUUCAUGAUGUUCUGCAAAGCGGCCUGCUUCGGGGACCGUAGCAUUGCCGCGCAGAUCCUGCAAACCCGGGACCCGAGGGAUCAGAAGGGUCUUGGCAGAGUCGUAGCUGGUUUCGAUCCCGUCAAGUGGGAUGCAGUCAAAAGCUCUAUAGUGGCGACGGCGAGCCUGGCAAAGUUUGGUCAGAACGAGGAAUUGAGAGCUUUCUUGCUGGGUACGGGGCGCAGAGAGCUCAUUGAGGCAGCGCCCAAUGAUCGGAUCUGGGGCAUAGGAUUCAGUGAGAAGGACGCGAGAAACAUGCGUAGCCGGCGCGAAUGGGGUGAGAAUCUGUUGGGGAGGGCCUUGGUGAGAUGCACCGCCCUGCAACUGACACGAUCCGAUUUCGCGAGCCCGCCGUUCGAACCAGAGUCAAAGUACCACCAGGUAAUUGUCCAGGGCACCAUCGGCCAACUUCGCGCAAGUCAGGCAGCGUGCGCCUUAUGUCGAAUACUCUUGCAAGCCCUGUCUCGGGAAUAUCAAGAUCGCUCACAUGCUCUGAUGGCUGAAGAUGCAGCGUGGGAGGCUGAGUGGUACCAGAACACAAUAGAGUACGACCCCAUCGUUGAGGGUGCAGAAGAUCAGUACGGCUCCGCCCUCUGCCCGCGGCUGGAGGGCCAGUCAACAUCAGUCUACGGCGUCCAGCUCGUGGAUGAGCAGUCGACGCAGCAUCUCGUUCGCGGCAGGGUGAUUCCAACCCAAAUGGACAUGGCCCAGGUGAAAGGCUGGCUGGAUGGGUGCAGCAGGGAACACGGGGAUGGCCGUCUCCAGACACACCUGUCCAUCCCUGCGCACCCAUCCAGCCUCCCGGGUUUCAUGGUGAUUGAUGUUGAGGAGCUUUGCCUGGCGCAGCUGCCCGAUGGUAUGACCUACACGACUCUGAGUUACGUCUGGGGGUCGACCAACUCCCCGACAACACUGAAGGCUAAUGCCGACGACUUUCGAAAAGGCGGUGCUUUCAGGCGCCCAAAGCUCCCCAAGACGAUCAGCGACGCAAUAGAGGUGACUUCAGCACUGGGGUUCCGGUUCCUCUGGGUGGACGCGCUCUGCAUCGUCCAGGAUGACGAUGCAUUCAAAGCGAAGCUCAUCGCCAACAUGGAUGCCGUCUAUGGGAACUCGGCCCUGACUAUUGUCGCUGCAUCGGGUGAUCAUGCUGAUGCCGGAUUGGAAGGCUGGGGACGCCCUGCGGAAGCUGGCAGCCGCCAAUCGCUUGUGAAGAUUGAAGAUGGAUUCAUCCUUGGAGUCCUCCCGUUCUUCGACCUCGAGCUCAUGAACUCCACCUUUGCCUCCAGGGGCUGGACGCACACAGCGCUCUCAGCGCGGAGGCUCAUCUUUCUGGGCGGGCAGUUCUACUUUGUAUGCCGGGGCGCCGUGUGGAGGGAGGACAUGAUGGCCGAGAGCAACCUCAUCCAGCCCUUCGCGGGCGCCAAUACCCUCGGCACGGGAGCCUCCGAAUGGACGCUGGGCCGCUACGGUGAACACGUCGCGGCGUACUCUUCCCGCAAGCUCACGUACUCCUCGGAUGCCCUCAACGCCUUUACCGGCAUUCAAAAGGCCCAGCAAGCAUCCAUGGGCGAAACCAAAUUCUGGUAUGGCCUUCCCGCCGCUGCUCUUGACUGGGCUCUCCUUUGGAAAGCAACCAAUGGAACCAAGCUGGCUCGCAGAGAGGAAUUUCCGAGCUGGUCAUGGGUCGGCUGGGACGGCUCUGUGACUCAUCCUCCGUAUCUUCCGAGCAGCGAUGAUCAGACAUGGCUUAGACGCAGGGCCUGGAUAGACUGGCACAUCGUUAAUGACGAAAGAGCUGCUGUUCGGGCCUGGGAGCCAUCAAAUGAGAGUUCUUCAAGAAGCUCACAAUUUCGCGUGAGGAGCAGCCAAAACUCUACUUCUCCAUCCAAGCCCCAGAACGAGGAUGGCAGUUCCCGUGCCAACAGUGAAGCAGACUCAUCCAAUGACGAGGAUUUAGAAGAUUUCAUGCCUACUUACGGGAUGUUACCUCGUGGGCACCCGUUCACUGGGAGAAUGAACGCUCGGAACCCCUUGGCAGAUAUAAGCACGAGCACAGCAACUGGGUUUGGAAACAGGGAUUUACUGCCGCCAGGUACACUCGUGUUUGAAACACCAAUCCAUCUAGUUGGAGACACAAUCGAACUCUUGUUAGCGUCUUCUUCUGCUCAUAAUAACGCUAAUGAUUUUAAAUAUCAAAUCAUAGAUAAGAUAAACCAAAAGGUUUGUGGCAUAGUCUCAACCCAAGACGUCUUGCUGCAGCUAGGACAGGGAAAAGGAGACUGGUUUGCCCUGCUAGCUUUGUCAUUUGCGGCUCUCAGCACUACCCUCGAUCGUAAAGCGCUCCAGAAUGGUGGACUCGAUGGAAUAUAUCUUGAAACCGCUUCGCAAGAGGCAUCUGUCGACGGCGAAAAAAUCUUUGGGGAAUGGCACGAAUGGGACUUCUUCAACGUCAUGCUGGUCCAUGGUCAAGGCGACACUGGUAAAUUGAUGAAGUGCUUCAUGCAGAUCGUUGCGGUUUAG